AUGGUCAAGAUUCUACUUAGCUGCGAUGCCGACGAUUUUGAUAUCGCCCUUAGCCUCCAAGCCCUCAUUCAAGAAGAGCUUGGAUACAAAGUUAUGCUUGAUGUUGACGACUGGAAAUAUGAACAAGAAAAUGAAAACCAAAGCUUAGCUUUCGCAGAUGACUUCGACAACAAGCUCGAAGGCGCAGCGGUUCUACUAGUUUUCGAAUUCGGUGAAUCGAGCGUCUCUGCAUGGGUCAUGCUUGAAGAAACCGAUGAGAGAAACACUCGCAAGGCGAAUCCAAGGAAGAGCUUCUUCCCAGAAUCCGUCAAUUUUGAACCCUCUUUCACACGAGGACUUCGCAUCUUUGAGCAAAUUUUGAAGAGUGACUUCGGUCUCGUCAUAAGACCACGCUGCGACUACAUCAAAUCCUUAAAACAGUAA